AUGUGCUUGAGUGGCUCUCAGCAACUGCCUGAGGUCAACAAUCCUGAAUCUGGGUCUUCUGCCCAGCUACAUGCUGGCCCACAACAAGAUAUCAAUGAUUUCUGGUUCAUGCCUGUUGACAUUGGUCUGCCUGUGGGUGUUAUAGAUGUGGCAGAUGAAGCAGGUGAUGUGUUCUGA